AUGGUUCCCGAGGCAGCCGACACAUAUGCCGUCGAUAUCACUCUUCUUUUCUUUGUCCUGGGUGGUUUGAUCAGCCUCGGUUGUGUGAUUGUGGGUGUGGGUGUCUACAUCGCUAGAUAUUGCAAACGCCGGCGUCGAAGUCAACAUGACAAGGAAUCCACUCUGGGCGAUGUUCGUGGCCACCGCCCGAGUCGUGGCACCUCUACCAUACGGACGUGGUCCUCUCGAACGUUGGUUGAGGACGAGACGCAGAUGCCGGAUGAUGAACUCAGGAGGAGGGUGGCAAUACUCAUGGCAGGGAACCCUUCUAUCGUGGGUGGAAGAGAAACAUCAGAGCAACAACGAGUUCAAAAGGACAGGAGGAUUCGCGGGUUUGCACUUCCUGUGUUUCUGCCCGAAAUGAAGAAGUGGGUGAAACGAUCGCCUAGGCCGGGUGCCUCGUCGAUUUUGGUUGGGAGGCCGAUUGAAUUACCCGUGGUUGAGGCCGCUUCUGUCUCAACUGAUGAUGGUCCGCCGGCAUACUCUACCACCGCGCGGCGCAGCACAAGCACAAAUUAUGAGGAGCCUUCCGAGUUUGCAUCAGAUAUUCAUUCACAGGCCUUAGAUGCCAGGAAGGAUCCAUCAACGCAUCACAUGAACCAUGGAGGAUCUGGCAAUACCUGA